CUGUCGAUGAGGCUGAAUGCGGAGAAGGCAAUGGCGAGCCAGGAACAAAACAGUCUCGAGAGCGAGCACGGUAUAUCUUUACUGCAUGAGAAGAUACUGCAAGAGAACAACCACUUUGCUCUGACCCAGCCAUCCCAGAGGCCAAACAACGAUGCGCCAAAUGUUCACUCACGCCCUCGCCACACGUCAAACACAAAGAUUCAGCGGUUGAAACCCUCGUCUACCGCUCCUGCCGUAUCAGCCACACCGGACAUGGACUCGACAGAUUCACAACAUGCUGUUCCUUCGCUAACCAAGCACACAACAUUCCAUGGCUUUCCCCUUCCGCUCGACCUCGAUGGCGACACCCAGCCAAUGCCCUCACAAUUCUACAAAAACUUCACCAGCGGACUUGGACCAGAAGAGGACACUCAACCAGACGAUGAACCCGCCCCAGAUACCCAACAAGAGACGCCGCAGAUAGACUUGAUGCAACAUUGGCAACAGCCCACCUACCACGAGCUUUCUAGCGAUGAAGAGGAGGAGAAAGAUGAAGGUCAAUACUUCUUGAGCUCCGUCGCAAGACCUACCUUCNCCAAGACGCCUGCGACUGCUGGCCGCAAGCGCAACCACCGUGGAGAUGUUAUACCUUCCACUACGAGCACAAAGACGCCAGGCUCAGGCGGUAUGUCGGCUUUCGCUUUUGGCAACGCUCCACCCUUGACCAGCACUCAGCUGUUCCAAGCUACACAAUCUCCUUCAAGUCCGGUCCCCGAUGUUCCGAGGAGCGAUCCAGUAUUGAGCCGACCAAGUCCAAACAUUAGACAGAGUUCGCCUGGACAGAAUCUGGCUUUCUCUUCGCCCUUGAAGGGUUUGGCACAAAGCCCCAGUCGAUCAGUCAACAUGGCAGGCAGAUUGAGCAGGCCGAGUACAAGAGAUGGUCUUUUCCAGAACAACAAUAUAAUCAUGGAUGGGCUCGAAGACAGAGGCGAGAACGAAUGGGAGUAUCAUGACCGUGAAGGAGUCAGCCUGGACGACCAUGUCCAUGACAGUUCAGCAAGCGAGUCAAUGGAUGAGUACGACGAGUUCGCUCAGUCAAUAAGAAUCAGUCAGCGACAAGCGUCAUCUUCACCCCAGCCAGAUCAGUCCGACGAAGAAAACGACCAUGUCGAGUCUUCGAGUCGUACCUCAACACAUUCCAGUCAUCACAAUCCGGAUAUCGAGACGCUCAAUGCCUCCGUCCCAUCAGGUCGUCAACAGAGCUCUCAUCAACUACCUACCACACAGAUGCUAGGCCAAGAUGCUGAGACUUCCGAUUAUGCUGUUGCCGAUUCGCAGCCCACCCGACACGACGAGACUCAACUUCCACCUCCUCUAGUCGAGCCUUCUUCCAUGUCAUCCUUUGUUCCUGGCUCUUAUCCUGUGAGCCAAACGACACAGCGCUUGGACGCCUUGAAGCGCGAUGCUGCAGACUCAUCAUCUAUCCCGAAGCCUCCGCCAACAACUAGCCAAGUCGCUCCUCACACACAGAACCGUCUACCGAGUAGUCCUCCCCAACUCCCUGCCGUGUCUGAAGAGAUCGAACAAGAAGAGGCUCUGGAUUUGAGGGAUCAACCUCGACCGGAUGAUGGUCACACAGGCAGAUCAUCGCCUUUACCAGAGACACGACCUGCUCCAUCUCAGAGGACUAAGGAGCUGAGGGAAGAUGAGCACAACCAAAGCUUUGCUGUUCCCGACACCGACCCCGCAGACGAGAACCGUUCUUCCAAUCAACAUCAAAAUCCCCUUAUCGAUGUAACGCUUGUACAGCAAUCGCUUUCGAAGCCGGCUGCGAACGCAGAUAAGGAUGUCUCUCCCGCUAUUCCUUCCGUUUCGCAAUUCGAGAAGCAUCGUGCGAGUCAGUUGCAGACCCAGAGCCAGGUUCAAAGCUCAUUAUCCAGCACCGAAAGUCCGCGCAAAGCCGCUGGUAUCCUCAAUUUCGCAGACAUUGCUACACAGCCUACACCUCCCAACGCUGUUUCCAGCAAGGACUUAGAUAUGAACAUUGAUAUACUCUCGAAUGACGAUCACGAUUUCAUGGACAUCAUGGCAUCGCCACCUGCGAAGAAGAUGCGCCUGUAUGGAAAGAAGGCAAGAGGAUUGGAGAGGACGAGGUCGAAAGUGGUCGACAAGAGCCCGGCCAAGCCGCAAGCUACCAUCAAGAGUCCGGCCAAAUCAGUCGCCAGGACAGUCACCUUUCACGAUGAUGUUGUACCAGAAAACAAGCAUAAUGAUGUCGCUCAAGUGGCUAUCAAUACUGCGGAUACUCCCAAACCAAUUGAUCAGCCCGAGUUGAGACACUCGGAGACAGCAAGCACCAUUGAUCCCAACUCGCAAACACAUGAGCCUGUUGAGACAUCGCCCACAAAGUCGCUGGGAGGAAUUCACACAUCUUCGACUGAUCAGGUCGUUGCAGAACUGCCAAACAGACCUGCCGACACAGUGGAAGUCGAAGCAGCGAAAGACGGAGAAAGACAANAAGCUAGUCUGCACUCACGCCAACCCACCCCAACAAGCAACGAAGAUCAAUCAACUCCACCUUCUGCCAGGAAACGAGAGCAGGCUGGUGCGUCUGCGGCAACAAAGGCACGCGAUGCAAUGCUCGCUCGUAAGUCCGUUGAAGUCAAGACUCCCAUUAACAAGGGCAGUCCGGGAAGACUUGUACGACCGAAGCGGAGAACUUCCGAACAGAGCCCGUUGCGAACGCCUAUUUUAAGAAGACAGGAGACUGGAAAGGCACCAAAGUCAAAACUUUCACAUGCGCAGCGCAUCUCACCAAACACUUGCCCUCAACAGGAAAAAGCAAUGGCGCCGGCAGAUUCUGUUCUUCAGGCAGGGGCUGCUUCAGAAGAUACAGCAAUUACGACCGAGCAAGCAGACACUGCUACUGACGUGUCUAUGGCCGAUGCCACGUUAGAACAGAACCAUGACCACAGUGAGAAUACCGUAUCAAGCGCUGAAAUUACUCAACCUGAUCGAGUUUUGGCUCUGUUCAAAGGUACUGGACAAGCAUAUUAUCCAGCUACAUGCCUGGGAGCAGCAACUCUAGAUGGUCUCAAACUACGCAUCCGCUUUGAUGAUGGUACAAUCACUCAGCUCGAUUCAUUUUUAGUACGCCGUCUCGAUCUGCGACGCGGUGAUCAAGUCAAGGUCGAUUUGCAAGGUGUGCGUAGUAAGGUCUAUGUUGUGGUCGGCUUCCAGGAUAGAGUUGAAAACCUUGAGCCUGAGUCUUACCCCAAGACUGAUGUUCAUGGGUUUGAGACGUUGCAGCUGGUGGCUAAAGAUCGAGAUAGUGUCUCAGCACUGCCCCGUGAGGACUCCGCAGCAUUGCUUCGAGUGCCUGUCACAAGCGCCUAUCUUACACAAACGAUGUGGGUUCGUUUCGAAGGCAGGAACUACCUUCCGUCUACAGCAAGUAUGACGACUAUUGCUACUGGUCAUUCGUCCCGCCCUCAAACACCAGUCCCCCGAAGCACCACUCUCGCAACACCAGCCUCUAGAUCCAGAAGAGGCACGGUCACCUCGAUACAUACCUCAACAAUCACUUCAGUGCGAUCGUUGGCACGACCAGAGUUUGCCUCACCACUUCCAGCUGGUCGCGGGAUAUUCUCUGGUAUGGCUUUUGCGGUAUCCUACAGCGCAGACUCACCCGAGAAGAAUUGUGUCCUUGAGCUUAUCCAAGCCCAUGGUGGUCUGACAUUAGAAAAAGGGUUUGAUGAACUCUUCUUUGUCAAGGACCUCGGGGACACUCCUGAAGACACAUACAGAGUUUCAUCCUCUGCUACUAAUGAUACCGAUGCCUUGGUCCUCUCAGCUCGUGCUCAAACUCUGGGCUUCGUUGCCUUGAUUGCGGAUAAGCAUUCUCGCAGAGCCAAAUAUGUCCAAGCACUUGCACUCUCACUGCCAUGUCUUUCAGGCCGCUGGAUUCUCGACUCGAUCGCCUCAGCCACACCUCUACCUUGGACCAAGUACCUCCUCCCAGCCGGAGAGUCCGCAUUCCUCUCUGGUGCAGUGCGCAGCCGGACUCUCUCGCCCUAUCUCCCAACCACGACUAAGCUAGCACAGACUAUACAAGAACGAGAAAAACUACUUCAAGGCGGCAAAGUUCUUCUUGUAAGCGCAGGAGUAGGUGGCAGAAAAUGGGAAGCCAGACGUGCUUAUGCAUUCCUGACUGUUGCCUUGGGUGCCAGCGUCGUUCGUAGAGUCUCUGGGCUCGACUCUGCCAAGCGCAUCCUCGACGCCGAAGAUGGGUGGGGCUGGGUGUAUGUGGAAGGCACCAUCGAAGAGGCAGAAAACGUACUCUUCCGAGGUGGCAGUGCUGAAGAUACAGGGAUCGCGAAGAAGGGACGUAAGAGGAAGAGAGAGGAUGAACAAAAUGAGAAGAUGGUUGCGGUCGGCCGUGAUGGAAAGGUCAAGAUCGUUGGGGACGAAUUUAUAGUGCAGAGUUUGAUUCUGGGUGAUUUGAUGUUGUAA